UCUUCCCCCCGAUAUGUGCCAGAUCUUUAUUUCACUCUUUUCUUCUCUGCGUUUUCUGUCUCGGUGGCCACAAAGUGCGCGGAGAGUGCGCGACCAUCUUUUUUUGUUGACGUCUGAUGGCGCGUGAUAAUGUGGUCAUUAUCAUGGCUUAAAAGAACAGGUUGUGCCUCAGACAGGGUUUCAUUAUGGGGCUUUUCAUGCUGGCGCGCACACACACUUUCAGUGUGGGAAAAGAAUGCGCGUAAAGGGAGGACAGCUGUUUGGGUGGCUCAUGGGGAUGACGAUCAGGUUAGAGUGAAGAUGGCCGACUGUUAAGUCCACCUGUGAGGUAAUCGGUGCCCCAGGGGGCAAAGGCAAGGCACACUAAUUUGGUCAUGUUCACUGACAGUGUAUUAAAAAACAAACAAACAUGACGCACCAACACUAACAACUAAACAGAUUCACAUAAUUGACUUUAUCAUACUUAAAAAAAAUAUAUAUUACUUUGAUGGUUUCAAAGUUUCCACAAAGCGAUUGUCCGACCUCAUGACAGCAAAGAUAUCAAAAUGGUCAAAUGCCACAAUGCCAGAGGUCAUUUCAAGCCAAUUUACCGUACCCGCUCAAUCACUCAAUUUGCUCCACUGACUUUCAUUAGGCUGUCCCACAAAUAGAUGUAAGCAUCCAAACAUUCAAUUUAAAUGUGUCAAUUCAUGGGGUUAAAGUUGUGAUUGACAGUUUCACAUGAUUGAUAAGAAUAGGAAAAGCACAGGAAGGAGGUGUUUUGGGGGCGGAAUCCUGCAUUUGUUUUGUUGAAUGAUGUGAAAUUGCAGAGGGAGUGAAGUUGGUGUCCUUACUUACCUCCCCCCAUCACCCCCGGGGCGGAUUUAACCGCCCCGGGGACAGGAUGGAAUGGACCGGUCCGACCUCUCCCUCUGCCAGAUCUUGACAUCUUUACAAGCAUUCAUCUUUAACCGCACUUGUAUGUUUGACACGUUUAGCGAGGCCACAUCACACAGGCAUACGCACAGCAGGGUUGUCAUUAGUAUGGGAUUUAAAUUCAUUUUAUUUCAAGUAACUUGCAGAGCAAGCUUGUUAGGUUUUUUUUUUUUUUUUUUUAAAUUCUUAGCCAACUGUAACCUUCCUCUGAUCGUACGUGAAUACAGAGCAGUGAUGAGAUGAAAUCAUCCAUUUUCUCAUAUCUCCAACAAUUUAGAGUCUUGGAUUAAGGUGUCGGUCAAAAAAUAAAACUUCAACCAAUAACAUUUUGUUAUUUCAAUAAGACGCCAUUUCCAAUCAAGUGCUUUUCUGGGGUAACAGAUCAGUGUGCGGCAGCGGGGAUGUUGCCUGCCUUUAUCGUGUCACUCCCAUACUCUCCAAUCGCUGUGAAGGGCCGAAAUCUCACUUUUUGCGGCGCACAAUUUUUUUCUGCAUGGAAAUUUACAUCCUCCGGCUGCGAAGUGUAAAAGACAACCCGCGUUGGCCUCUGAUUGGUCCACUGGCCUCCAGGCUUCCAAGGCACGAGGAAGCAUCAAGUACAAAAGAGCAGACAAAAGCGCACUGUGACACACGCACACAAAACACACACAGACCUGGACAGCUCAAACCAUGGCUGCAACACUACUGGGGGAGGACCCCCGGCUGAGCAGCACCCCGCUGGCCAUGUUGGCAGCCACUUGCAGCAGAAUUGGGGAGUCAAGCCCCUCCUACUGCACCCCUGACCUCUCCUGCAUGCCCACGGGACUCUCCAAGGGCUUCCACCCGUGGAAAAGGAGCGUCCCGGCCGCCACUUGUCUCACCUCCAAGAGUAACGGGAUGGGAUUCUCGGACACCUCGAGCACCUUCUCGGUGGCCAACACCAACGAGUUUUCAGCUUACCAGAACUCAGGGCAGUCCGACGCAAGUUUUCCCGAGCAGCGAUCCAUGUUUCUCACCAAGUUACCGGCCUCCGUGGAAGGUAUCGCUGGGAUGUAUCCGCGGCUCCACACGCAUCCGUACGAGUCAUGGUUCAUGCCUGGGGCGGAGGUCGGGAGCGGGCCUUCGUCUUGGUGGGACGUCAGCACCACUUGGGUGGAUACUCCCAACCCCGCCGGGAUGCCGUCAUCGCUGAGCGGCUACGGCUCCUCUGAGCUCAACCCCUGCGCCGUUCAGCAUCUCCUCCCCGGCACGCAGCACCUGUUCAAUGGCUUCAGGCCACCCUACUCGGAGUCCACCUCCUCCGGUUCCUCCGGCGGGGGGAGCCCGGCGCUCCCCCCGCCGGCAUCUUCGCGCUCCUCCUCGCGUCGCUACGCGGGCAGAGCCACUUGCGACUGCCCCAACUGUCGGGAGGCGGAGAGCCUCGGUCACGGCGCGUCGAGCCCGCGGCGCAGGGCCGCGCACAACUGCCACGUCCCCGGAUGCGGGAAAGUGUACGGCAAGACGUCCCACCUGAAGGCUCACCUCCGCUGGCACACCGGGGAGAGGCCGUUUGUGUGCAACUGGCUCUUCUGCGGGAAGCGCUUCACGCGCUCCGACGAGCUCCAGAGGCACCUGCGCACGCACACCGGGGAGAAGCGCUUUGAGUGCGCCUUGUGCCGCAAGAGGUUCAUGCGCUCCGACCACCUGAGCAAACACGCUCGGACGCACGGCCCCGAGGGGACCGAACACGGAGCGGAAAAAGCCGGGGUUGGGAAAGGUAACAGUGACACGGACAACAGCGUGGGCGGAAGCCCGAGGCAGUCCCCAGAGGUGGACCUGACUGUCCAGGCAAAUGAGGUGAAAUAAAUAGCAUUUUUUUUUUACAUCAAAAAAGAAAUGGCACUUUAUGAUGAAUGUCAGACUAAACACGCUUACCUCAUGUUAUUUGUAGGCUUCUAAAAAAUAAAUAAACAUCCUCUUGUUUUUACUUUG